AUGGCCGCUAAAUCAGACGGGAGGCUGAAAAUGAAGAAGAGCAGCGACGUGGCGUUCACCCCGCUGCAGAACUCCGACCACUCGGGCUCGGUGCAGGGAUUGGCUUCGGGCUUGCCGUCGGGGUCGGGAGCCGAGGACGAGGAGGCGGCGGGGGGCGGCUGCUGCCGGGACGGCGGCGGCUGCUCGCGCUGCUGUUGCUGCUGCUGCGCCGGGAGCGGCGGCUCGGGCGGCGGCUCCGGGGGCUCGGGCGGCCCCGGCGGCGGCGGCGGCGGCGGCGGCGGGGCGGGCUCAGCGGCGCUGUGCCUGCGCCUGGGCAGGGAGCAGCGGCGCUACUCGCUGUGGGACUGCCUCUGGAUCCUGGCCGCCGUGGCCGUGUACUUCGCGGACGUGGGCACGGACAUCUGGCUCGCCGUGGACUACUACUUGCGCGGCCAGCGCUGGUGGUUCGGGCUUACGCUCUUCUUCGUGGUGCUCGGCUCGCUCUCGGUGCAAGUGUUUAGCUUCCGCUGGUUUGUGCACGAUUUCAGCACCGAGGACAGCGCCACAGCCGCCGCCGCCUCCAGCUACCCGCAGCCUGGAGCGGAUUGCAAGACAGUGGUCAGCAGCGGGUCUGCAGCCGCGGAAGGCGAGGCUCGUCCUUCCACGCCGCAAAGGCAAGCAUCCAACGCCAGCAAGAGCAACAUCACCGCCGCCAGCAGCCGGGCCGGCGGCAAACACAGGUCUGCGUCCUGCUCCUUCUGCAUCUGGCUCCUGCAGUCACUCAUCCACAUCUUGCAGCUCGGGCAGAUCUGGAGGUAUUUCCACACGAUAUACUUGGGCAUUCGAAGUCGGCAGAGUGGGGAGAAUGACCGGUGGAGGUUCUACUGGAAGAUGGUCUAUGAGUACGCAGACGUGAGCAUGCUGCACCUGCUGGCUACCUUCCUGGAGAGCGCCCCCCAGCUGGUGCUGCAGCUCUGCAUCAUCGUGCAGACCCACAGGCUCCAGGCCCUCCAAGCUUGCGUGGACCCGGCCUCCAGUAGUUAG